CGUAAAAAUGAAGAGCAAAGUUGAAAGUUGAAAUUUGUGUAUGUGGGCGGUACUACGACUGACUUAGCAGGAAGACAGAGCGGUACGCUCUCAUCGUCCUGCCGUACAAUGGACGCUUUCCUCGGCUGUGAUCCGAAAGUCAGAACGCUGGCAGAGACUUGGGAAAAUCAAUGAAGAAUUCACCGUAUAUAGAGCCUCUAGAUUAGGAGUUAUUUUAAAGUCAAAAUGUGGCGAUUUGGGAGGCCAUCGGGAACAGAAGUGUUAAUAUGGAGAUGCCAAGGGUCACCAAGAGACAUCUGUUGCAAACUUCACACCAGGGCUCUUAAGAAAACCUUUAACUUAAGCCUCCGAUCAGAUGGCAUCUGUAGUAGCAUAAAUCGGCAUCACUUUUCAUUUCCAGCCAAGACAACAAGCUCUUCUAGAAAUACAUGGAGAGAAUUGAGAACAUCUAUGUGCUAUUCCAUCUCUGGAUUCAAUCCUAGGUUCUUUUGUACCUACGAACCCGUCACAGAUCCCAUUGAGAUCCACAAACAGAAGUUGACGUUAUGGUUCAGUCAUCUUCCUCAAGAGGAGAGGCAAUUCGGUGGCUACUUUUCUCCCGAAACUAUGCAUGUGCAGCCACUCAUCCUAGAGCAUCAUCCAGAUGAGGACAGAGGUCUUAGUCCCUUCAAGGGAAAGACAAGCAUAUCCACACAUCCCUCUCUCACAGUUGAGCAGCUCUUUGAUGCUAACAAUAAUGCAAAUAAGGCACGAGGACUAAAUGUUUUGCUAUAUGGGGCUGUCGGUACAGGGAAAAGUACUGUCGUCCGUAAACUAGUGCUGGAUUGGUGUGCUGGAUCUGUUUUCUCUCAGUUUAAACUUGUGUUGCCUUUCUCCUGUGAGGAUCUUUCCCAUUUAUCCAAGCCAACAUCCCUUCGAGACCUCGUGGGCAGGAAAUACAUGCACCUUCGCAAGACACCUUAUUUUAGUGGAGAUUAUGAAAAGGCUAAGGAUGUCCUCUUCAUCUUCAAUGGAAUGGAGAAGAUGAAGCUGGAUUUUCGCAUCGGCUCCACAGAGUUAUGCAGCGAUCCCAAUGAGGCUCUCCCAUCGGGAGCUGUUGUUGUUAAUCUACUGAGGAAAUACCUGCUUCCUGAGGCCAGCAUUUUGGUUACAACCAGACUAUCUGCUGUGGACAGAGUUCCUAAAAAAUACAUAAAUCGUUAUGUACAAAUCUGUGGCUUCAGUGAUCCUGAUCGGCAGAGAGCCUACUUCACCAGCAGGCUCUUGCAACAGAAUGAAGGCAAGCCGGGCAAGGCAGCCGAGAUGCUCAUAGAGAUGCUCUACCUAAAUCUACAGCGGGAGAGUCAGUUAGCAACCGCCUGCUUCCUACCAUCUUACUGCUGGCUCACAUGCGCCACUCUUCAUUUACUGCAUUUUACUGAUACAAAGUCACCAAUUCGAACCCUCACUGGCAUCUACACCAGCUUCAUGAGGCUCAACUUUGGAGGAGAAGUGAUAACUGUGGAUGGAAACGUCUCUUCACAAGAGCAACAGAACUCAUUAAUGCUCUACGUGGUCCGUACCGUUGGUAAACUAGCUUUUGAUGGCAUCACCAACAAGCGGACGUCGUUCUCCGCUGAAGAACUAGAGCAGUGGGUUGGUGGCAAAACAAAAACGGAUGAAGAGCUCCAGCAACUGGCGGUGUUUCGCACAGAUGUGCUUGACUUCUUUCUGGUUCCUCGCGAUGAUCAUGGUAUGGAUGCGGAAUCUGGUGGAAGACACUAUGUGUUUGCUGUUCCCGCCAUGCAGGAAUAUCUAGCUGCUCUUUACGUCGUUCUUGGUGAGAACAAAAGCGUCCUGGAGAAGUUGACUAAGGAGGUUUCUGAGGCUUUGGGACAAGCCAGUGAGGACAUCACAAGCCUCCUGAGCAUCCUCUCCAAAAUCAUACCUUUCCGAAUCUUUGCUGUUUUCAACUUGCUUAAGUUGUUCCCAAAACUCUUCGAGCGAGUCAGCAGCCACAGCAAAGGGCGUAUCGCAAACACCAUGGCAGCGGAAAUGUUUCGUUCGGAGGACAGCUUCAAUGAAGAUGUUUUGGACCAGGUGGAACAAAGCCUCCUAGGAGUGCAUGGUCCACAGCCACAGGAGGAAACCUACACAAGAGCGUUUGAACUCUACCCUAUCUUCAUGGGUGGACUUCUUCAUUACGGGAACCGGAGGCUGUUAGAACAGCUUGGAUGCAGCAUCAAGAGUCACACGGUUUCUCAGAUCACCCGUGCGCUGAGGAAACACCUGAUCAAGGAGAGCCAGAAGAAGCAGCCUCCUGAGGAGCUCAUGGACCUCCUGGUCCUGCUGUAUGAAUUCCAGAACCCUCGACUCACAGCUGAAGUCCUCCAGUCCAUCAAGACCAUCAACUUGUCGACUGUGCGCAUGACGCCACACAAGUGCUUCGUGCUGAGCAUGGUUCUGAACUGCACAAGCUCAAGCUUCCACCUGAACGAGCUCAACCUCUCCUCCUGCCACAUCACUCCAGAGUUACUGCAGAUUCUCUGGCCAGCCUUCCAUCACACUAGCAACCUCAAUCUCCAGUUUAACAGCCUGGAUCCAGAGUCCUGCAUUCUACUGCGAGAUCUCCUGCUUGAGCCCAACUGUACUAUUAAGUCAAUACAGUUAUGUGACAACUACUUGACGGACACCGGCAUCAGCCAUCUACUGGAAGCUCUGUCUGGUAACCACUCUCUGCAGCGGCUGUGCCUGAUGCACACAGGCCUCGGGGACCAAUCGGCACAGCUGCUGGCCGAGAGACUGGGCCAGCACAAUGUGUUAAAGGAGCUGAAUGUGGCCUACAACAACAUCGGAGACAGUGCAGCUCUCACGCUGGUCGAUGCCUGUCGCGAACAUCCCAGCAUCCACACAGUACACCUGUACCUGAACCAGCUUACCGAUGUGGGCAAGCAGUCGCUGUACGUGCGUGGUGGUCCUCGGGUCAAGGAGGGCCGGCGGGUGAAGGUCUUGGCAUCUGUAACGGAGGGUUCAGACAUCUCAGAGGACUGGCAUCCCAUUCUGAGCGUUAUUGGAAAAAAUUCUCUUUCCUGGGACAGAGGCCGUGUACGCGAGCAACUGCUGGUCUUCCUGAAAGAUCUGGAAUGGGGUCGCAAACAGCACCAGAGUUUCUGGAAAAAGAUGCACUUCCGACGAGUGGAGAGUGUCGUGAGGCAAAUGCUGCGCUUACUGGAAAAGAGCAGUGAUACGGGAACAGGGACCGGUAUUAAAUAAUGUAACUAUCAUAGAAGCUAAAGGGAUUCGGGAAAAUGUGUUGCCAUAUUUCAAUCCAGAGAGCCUUAAUAUUACCCAGUUAGAUUUUAAAGGGAUUUCCAUCUACUCAUAUAUCCAUAUACUGAUUAGGUCAUUUUGAGAAAACACUGUGAUAAAUCAGUUUUAUUUGAUUGUUUGAGGGAAAGAUCAAUAUUCACUAUACUUCAGAUAAGUACUUGAAAACUGCUCCUUGUUGCAUGAUGACAAGUUUUGCAAUUAAAAGCCAUUUCCUAUGUAUAUGUAUUCAGGGAGAAUUUGUUAUCGUAAAUUAAUGUGUCAUGCGGUUUUGUAUAUGGUUAAACUCUUUAAGCAACGUUUGAGUGUGAAAUGGUGCUCUAGACAAAGUAACAAAGUAAGGUAAUCAAGACAAGGCUUUAGAUGCUUCUGCAAUCUUACCCUAUCUUUUGCCUUAAUGUUUGAUUGAAAAAAUGUUUGAACUAACAAAUUGUGACUGAAAUUUGCUGUGCAAUAACAACAAAAUAAAACUAAAAGUGUUGAUGAAAGGUG